AUGCGUGACUGGUGGAUGGUUGUGGGGGAGGGGGCAGGAUGGUCCGGUACGCGCAGGCGGGCCGCAUCGCCCGGUCACGCGAGGGGGCGGCCGACGCCUACGCGGGCGGAGGCCUUAAGGGCGGCGGCGGGUCCCAGCCUCCCAGUCGGCCUGUCAGCCGGCUUGGAAGUACGGCUGGAAGCUCGUGCGGCGACGGCGGCCAUGGCGGCAGAGGAGGUGGAGGUGGACUGUGCGGACGCUAGUGAGAAGAUAGGAUUUAAGAAGUCAUUUCCCAGGAAAGAAGGUCUUUAUUUGCCCAAGUCAGGAUGGCUAACUGGUUGGCUUCCCACAUGGUGCCCUACGUCAACAUCACACCUUAAAGAAGCUGAAGAGAAAAUUUUAAAAUGUGUCCCCUGCACAUACAAAAAAGGACCUGUUCGUAUAUCUAAUGGAAAUAAAAUAUGGACACUGAAGCUUUCUCAUAAUAUUUCAAAUAAGACUCCACUUGUCCUCCUCCAUGGUUUUGGAGGAGGUCUCGGACUCUGGGCACUGAAUUUUGGAGAUCUUUGCACCAAUAGACCUGUCUAUGCUUUUGACCUGCUGGGCUUUGGACGAAGUAGCAGACCCAGAUUUGACAAUGAUGCAGAAGAAGUAGAGAAUCAGUUUGUGGAAUCCAUUGAAGAGUGGAGAUGUGCAUUAGGAUUGGACAAAAUGAUUUUGCUUGGACACAACCUGGGUGGGUUCCUGGCUGCUGCUUACUCACUGAAGUACCCAUCAAGGGUUAGUCAUCUCAUUUUAGUGGAGCCUUGGGGUUUUCCUGAGCGACCAGACCUUGCUGAUGAAGAGAGACCAAUUCCAAUUUGGAUCAGAGCCUUGGGAGCGGCAUUGACUCCCUUUAACCCUUUAGCCAGCCUCAGGAUUGCAGGACCCUUUGGUUUAAGUCUAGUACAGCGUUUAAGGCCUGAUUUCAAACGGAAGUAUUCUUCAAUGUUUGCAGAUGAUACUGUGACAGAAUACAUUUACCACUGUAAUGUCCAGACUCCGAGUGGUGAGACUGCGUUCAGAAAUAUGACUGUCCCUUAUGGAUGGGCAAAAAGACCAAUGCUGCAGCGAAUUGGUAAAAUGCACCCUGACAUUCCAGUUUCGGUGAUCUAUGGCGCCCGAUCCUGCAUAGAUGGCAAUUCUGGCACCAGCAUCCAGUCAUUACGACCACAUUCAUAUGUGAAGACGAUAGCCAUUCUCGGAGCAGGGCAUUAUGUGUAUGCAGAUCAACCAGAAGACUUUAACCAGAAAGUGAAGGAGAUCUGUGACACUGUGGACUGAGCACACUGCAGAUGAUGUGGGAAAUGCACAUGGCUAAUACAGUUCCUCAGCAAUAAUUUGCAGGCUGCGAUGCAGAGUAAGGAAUCUCACAUGAGAACCAGGCAGUCUUCUUGACUGUACUUUCCCCAUGUUUUCUUUAUGAAGCUGCUAGCACAUUUAAACCAGUUAGUGCCUUCUGGAAGAAUGACUUUCCUUUCUCCAAAAUCAAAAUAUACAAGAGUCUCCAAAUCUAGUGGCUUUAAUAAAAGGUUAUUUGUCCCUCUGCUGUACUGAAAUAUUGUAAUUUUUCAACUGAAAUUUUUAUUUCUAUCUAACUUUGCUAUAUCAAGUAUUUUUUAUAUUGCAGUCUGUAUUGCCAAUUUUAAAAAGUGAUUUCUGGGUUUAUUAUUUUAUAUAAUGUAGAGGUGCACCUUAUUUUCCUUGCUUAUAUAUACCAUGUCUAAUAACUGAUAGAGUUAAACAAAAUUUGGUGUGUUUUUAUGUAAAAAUUUGUCACUUUCUUAGAAUGCUUCACUUCGUUUUUGAAAUGGAGUGUUGAGACAGGGUUUUGGUUAAAAAGAUGGGAGUUGAUUUCUAGCAUUGAUUUUUCUGAUUUUCCUCUGUUCUCUAUUUAAGGCUGCAAAACCAUGUUCACAGUUUUAAAUGUGAUCCAUCCUUAAGUAUUUCAAGUACUGAAAAACCUUAACUAAAAGUCUAUCCUAUUUUCCCCCAUUAAUACUGUUAUUCUUUUCUUUGAGCCAGCAUGCAGCAGAAGGAACAGAUUUCCUCACUGAGGGGUCACUAAGACUGUUACCUUCCAGUAAGCCAAAUCAUAUGUUUUCAUCUAACUCUUGUAGACGGGUGCUAAAACUGGAUUGCAUUUUUACCACUAAAAUAUAAAAAUCGGUGGUGCUAUUAUAUCUCAUGGCACCAGAAGUCAGCUAGUACUUGGGGGUUUUUUUGUUUUGUUUUUUUAAGAGUUUUGUGUUGAUUAAAUAACUUACAUACUUGAAGUUAUAUUACAAAAAUUCUGUAAGGUUGAUUGAACUAUUUGACAGUAACCACCAUCAAGUGUAGCACUUUCUUGCUGUUUUUAAUACAAGGAAAGCUUCUCUGAAACUGUGAAAAAGCUCCAUGUGGUAACUGGCUACUACUGAGAAGACCCUCCGCAAAAGGAAGUUGAAUAGGAUGGUCACCAGCAAGUCAUCUUUGCCUUAUGUUUUGCUUAAUGUUGCUUGUCUAGGAGAAAGGUGGUUAUGUAAAUAAAAACAGUGAAC